GUGCACCAUUAAGCUCUCUAUUAAGGUGGAGAAUCCUAGGAUCAUCUCUAUGCUACUAGUCUUUUAAGGACGACAGUGGCUGAGUGGAAGAAGAAAAUGCGAUGAGGAAGAUGAAAUCGUUGGCUGUGGUUGGCGAUUUCAGCGUAUGGUGUGGUGGUGGGUUAUAUCUUUAUAUGAGUUAUGGGAUAGACUUUUUUACGAUAGUAAUGGGUUGGAUCUGCUGUUGGGCUUUCCGUUGCAUGCUUGUCAAGCCCGUUGUGGUUUCUGCGGGUCAGUUUCAAGAGCCCGUUCACUCUCAUCAAUUUCCUCUAUCAACCAAUCUAUUUUUUUUCCAUGUAACCUCAUUCAAAAAGGAGGGGGAACUCCCUUCCUUAUAAUAUCCAAAGAAAAAAAUAUGUUGCAUUUAUACUUAAUGAAAAAAAUAUAAAUAAAUAUGCAUUCUCAGAUGAGAAGACCCUUCAAAUUCAGAAUAGUCCUAUGGAUGUUAUCUCUGGACAAUGACUUGAAAUCAAACACCGCGAGAUACUAUGAACCAAAUAUAUCAUGAUCCUCUGGAGGUUGAACUGGGAAGGAACCCUAGCUGGGUGUGGCGUGGUUUAAUGGCUGCUAAGGAUCUGGUAAAACGAGGUUUAAGGUGGAGAGUGGGCAAUGGGAACAAAAUAGAUAUCUAGCUUGACAGGUGGAUACCUUCCAGUACCACUUUUAAAGUUACUUCCCCGACAGUUCAUUGGGGUAACUCAACCUCUGUAGCUGAAUUGGUGGACAUUGAGACCAGAAGCUGGCGUGUAGACCUACUCCAGACCCAUUUCAACCCCACGGAUUGCACUAACAUUCUAAAAAUUCCUAUCCCAAGACAACCAAUCGAGGAUAGGAGGAUAUGGGGGAAGGAAAAAACGGGUGAGUAUACUGGGAAGUCUGCUUACAGACUAUGGGAGGAUAGAAACAUUGAUGAAGAGGGUGAAUUUUAUUCGCCGGUUAACUGGAAGAAGGUCUGGAACCUUCAGAUUCCUCCAAAGGUGAAGGUGUGUGUUUGGAGAUGGCUGAGAAACAUUAUACCUACAAGGGCUCGAAUCCUAAAACUCACUCAACAAGGCAGCGAAGAUUGCCCUUUCUGUGGCCUAAUGGAAACAGAAGAACACAUUUUUCGAGAAUGUGCUUGGGCUGGUAGGGUCUAGCGAUACAACACGUUGGGUUCAUACAUAGAUAGAGGGGAGAAUCUUACCUCGGAGAAUGGGAAAUUCUGGCUCGAGCUAGUGAGUGGUUGAAGGAUUACCUGGAAAAGAAGAGGAAGUUCCAACCAGCGGAGCGAAUGGAGGAGCAGCGGUGGAAACCUCCGAUGAUGGGGUCAGUGAAGCUCAGUGUCGAUGUUGCAUGCUUCGAGGGCCAAAGAAUGGGAUGGGGAGUGGUGGCGAGGGAUGCAACUGGACAAUUCCUAUUUGGAGUUGUGAAGAGAUCACAGAUUCAAUGGAACCCGGAAGAAGUGGAGUCAGGUGGGGUUUUGUGGGCCGAGACAGGAAUAAAUCGACCCAUUUGAUGGCCCAUUUUGAUUGUAGUUGGGAGACUGAAGAGGUGUGGGUUGAUAGCCAACCUCAUUUUCUUGUACCUCUUCUAAGAGAGGCUUUCGCUGAAAACUUUGUGUCUCAUGGUUAAUUAGAUGAAUACAGUUUUUCCUAUUAAAAAAAAAUAUAUCAGUGAUAAUGUAUUGUGUGUUUAAAUCGUUAUUUAACUUUGAACGAAACCAUUUUAUAUCGACAUGUAAAAAUAAAAACUAUUUUAUAUCGAUAAAAUGCUACAACGUUU